AUGAGUGUACCGAAAUCUAAACCUAUUCUAAUUGUCGGAGGAGGUGCAUUUGGUCUUUCGACCGUUGUCCACCUUCUCAAGGCAGGGUAUCAGGAUAUCACUGUCCUCGAGAAGGAUGUCGAGAUUCCAUCUCGAUGGUCCGCUGCCAAUGAUCUCAACAAGAUUGUGAGGGCCGAAUAUGAAGAUCCUCUGUACCAGGACUUGACUGUGAAAGCCAUCAAGGGUUGGCAGACUCCGCUAUUUGCCCCUCACUUCCAUCAAGUCGGCUUCAUCCACUGUGUCUCUGGCAACGCGCCUAAAGAAGCUCGAGAUACUCUCAACCGUUUUCGGGCUGCUGCAGAGCGAGAUCCUCGUCUCAAGCCACAUGUGACUCCACUCAAUUCACAGCAGGACAUUGCAAAUGCAGCAUGGCAAUACAACAAUAGCUCCUUCCCUGGCUGGAAUGGCUAUUUUAACAAAUUUGAUGGCUAUGCGCAUUCUGGUAACGCGCUGCGGUCGAUAUUUGAAGCCACAAAGGCCCAAGGGGUGAAGUAUAUCCUCGGUACAGCUGGGGCUGUCUCCGAGAUUGUCUACGACAGCAACUCCACAGGGCGCAAGGCCAAGGGUAUCAAGACUGUAGGUGGUCUAUUCUACCCCUCUACGCUUGUCAUCAUCUCCGUGGGCGCAGCCGGUGCAAAGAUGGUACCGGAGAUUGGCAAGCAGCUGGUGGCAAAGUCGUGGUCGGUGGCUCACCUUCAGCUGAGCGACGAUGAAACGUCUGCGCUUCGUGGAAUACCAGUGACGUAUGCUCGUGAUCUGGGUUUCUUCUUUGAACCCGACCCAAAAACGAACCUGCUCAAGCUAUGUCCUAUGGGUGGGGGGUUCAUCAACACCGAUCCCAAGACAGGUGUUUCACACGCGCCUACCGACCCCAAACAAAGCGCGUUUUUGCCAAAGGAUGACGAUGCGCAGCUUCGUGAGCUUGUACAACAAACGCUUCCUCAGUUUGCCGACCGACCCUUUGUCAAGAAGUCGCUCUGUUGGUUCGCUGACACAGCCGACUCAGACUUUAUUAUUGACUAUAUACCAAACACCUCAUCUUCGGUGCUCUUGUUAUCUGGUGAUAGCGGCCACGGAUUCAAGUUCUUUCCCAUAUUCGGGGAAUGGGUCAAGGACCUUCUUGAGUCUGAGAACGGAGAACAGCCUAUUGCACGAUGGAGGUGGAAGGACCCAUCAGGUGAGAAACAGGGUGAUUGGGGUGGUGCUGUGAGCUGGAGACUUGGUAACUCGAAGGAACUCGUUGACAUUCAGCCGGUUGGGGAUCCAAAACUGUAG